AUGGCAUCCAGUACUAACAUCAAGGUCGUUUGUCGGUUUCGUCCACCCAACUCUCUUGAGCAAAGGGAAGGCGGUGAAAUCGUGGUAGCCUUUGAUGACAAUCUUCAAUCCGUCUACAUGCGCGGCUCCCAGACCGUCUCGGGGCCAGAGAAGGAUGGGUUCACUUUUGACAGAGUGUUUCCGAUGGGAACGCAGCAAAAUGAAGUCUUUGAUUAUGGUGUAAAAGAGUUAGUUCCACAUGUAUUGGACGGUUAUAACGGUACCGUUUUUGCCUACGGACAGACAGGUAGUGGAAAGACAUUCACCAUGAUGGGCGCCGAUAUAGACUCCCAGGAGUUGAAGGGAAUAAUACCUCGAAUAACGGAACAAAUAUUUCAGUCGAUUGUAGAAUCCGACGCACACCUCGAAUACGUCGUUAAAGUAUCUUACAUGGAGAUUUACCUUGAGCGCAUAAGGGAUUUGUUGGCGCCCCAGAACGAUAACCUUCAAGUGCAUGAGGAAAAGUCGAAGGGUGUUUACGUGAAGAACCUUUCAGAUUACUAUGUUAGCAGUGCUCGUGAGGUCUACGAGAUCAUGCGACAAGGAGGAGCAGCUCGCGUUGUUACGUCCACGAACAUGAAUGCCGAAAGUUCACGUUCACAUUCCAUUUUUCUCAUCACCAUUCAGCAAAGGAACACCGAAUCUGGUGCACUGAAAAGCGGCAACCUAUAUCUAGUCGAUCUUGCCGGCUCCGAGAAAGUUGGUAAAACAGGUGCAUCCGGGCAAACUCUGGAAGAAGCCAAGAAGAUCAAUAAAUCGCUGUCCGCUCUGGGAAUGGUCAUCAAUGCUUUGACUGAUGGGAAGGCAAAGCAUAUACCGUAUCGUGACUCCAAGCUCACCAGAAUUCUGCAAGAAUCUCUUGGUGGAAACUCUCGCACCACUCUUAUUAUUAAUUGUUCACCUUCUUCUUACAACGAGGCCGAAACUCUCGGUACUCUUCGUUUUGGUAUUCGCGCGAAGUCCAUCAAGAACAGUGCUCGUGUCAACGCAGAGCUCUCACCUUUAGAGCUGAAAGGUCUUUUGUCAAAGGCAAACCUAGCCAACACUAAGCAUCUGGCGUAUAUACAAGCAUUGGAAGCAGAGCUCGCAAUAUGGCGUUCUGGUGGCCACGUCGAGCAAAGCGAAUGGGCUACAUCAGAUAAACCUACUGCUGGAACCGCUACGAAGAAACCAGCAAGUUCUCCUGUUCCUUCUUCGACUCCUGCCAGGAGCAUGACACCUGUCAAUCCUCUGAUCGAAGGUUUGAGGGGUGAAUUGGAGAGUCGACCUCAAACUCCUACUGUUGUGGGUCUCGAGAAGGACGAAAGAGAGGAGUUUUUGAAGCGAGAGAACGAGUUGAGCGACCAGCUGGCAGAGAGGGAGAGUGCUUUGAACGCAGCGGAUAAAUUAGUGAAGGAGCUUCGUGAGGAAUUAACGUUCCUUAAGGAACAGGAGAACGCACUUUCUAAGGAAAAUAAGUCGAUGUCUGCACAACUUAACGAGCUCCGUCUGCAAGUGGAGCGAUUAGACUAUGAUAACAAGGAGGGUAUCAUUACGGUCGACAUUCUUAAAGAGCAGAACUUGGACGCUAAGAGUGAACUCGAAGAGCUGAAGAGAGUUAUUGCCGAGUUGAAGAGCGCUCCGAAGAACACUUCGGUGGAAGACAAAGAGAAGCGUAAGCAAGACAAGAUGGCUAUGAUGAUGGCGAAGUUCGAUACUGGCGCGUUUUCGGAGAAAGACGAACAACUCAGGCAGCUCCUUGCUAAAUUGGAUGCUAUAGACACAGAAGACUCGAUCAAAGCGUUGACCGUUGAAGAUUUGGUUGCUGUGAGGAGGCAGCUUGCAGAUGGGCAAACUCUCGCGCGUGAAACCGUAGAUCGUCUAAGACAGAGUCAGGAAGAGAACGAGAUGAUUGUCCGAAGACGGGACGAGUUGGAGGGCCGCCUAUCAGCUCUAGAAGCGGAAUACGAGGAGCUUCUGGAGAAAACAAUCAACGACGAGGAGAUCAGUAAUGUUGAUCUUGCAGAGUCUAUGUCUGAGCUGAAGAACAAACUGGAGGCGCAAUAUGCAGCCAAACGGGAUGCUCAUGUCAGCGAAGUUGCAGACUUGAAGCAGCAGCUCGAGUUGAAGUCGAACGAAAUCAGGACCCUCAAUUCAUCUAUUGACGGGCUGAAGGGCGUGAAUGAGGAGCUCAAGCGUGCUUUUGCUGUCACCUCCGCUGGUAUCGAAGGCGGAAAGAACCUGGCGGAGAGCGCUCAAGACUUGGAGCGGACACGCAAGGCUAUCAAUGUGCAGCUAGCGGAAUUCGACGGAGUCAAGAAGUCUCUUAUGCGUGACUUGCAGAACCGUUGCGAGAAGGUUGUGGAGCUCGAAAUCCAAUUGGAUGAGAUUAAGGAGCAAUACAACAACGUGAUUCGGAACAGCAACAGCAAAGCCCAGCAGAAGAAGAUGGCGUUCUUGGAGCGCAACUUGGAGCAACUGACUAUCGUUCAGAAGCAGCUUGUGGAUCAGAACUCUACGUUGAAGAAGGAAGCUGGUAUCGCAGAACGUAAACUUCUUGCGCGGAAUGAACGGAUACAGAAUUUGGAGAACCUGCUGCAAGACGCAGACCGCCGUCUAUCAGUUCAGAACCAGAAGUUUGAGGCCCAGCUCCAAGCAGUCAAGGAUAGGCUUGACCAAGCUCGCGCACAAAAAGCUUCGACAACGUCUACGUUAAACUUUGGCCGCAUUGCUAAACCCCUGAGAGGUGGAGGAGGUUCUGCCGCGGCUGCAGGUGUGAUGGGCGGUGCUAUGCCAGUUUCUGGGGCUAGUGCGUCAUCAGCCAAUCCAUUGGCCAGAUUACAGAAUGAAGAGGGUGCUGGCGCCAAACGUGCAUCCUGGUUCUUCCAAUCUCGGAAUUAGAUACAGCUUCGAAUCGUUUUUAACCUCCACACAUAAUACCCACAGGGCUGUUUGUAUCUCGUUACAUUGCAUCUAUCGUCGAUCCUUUUUAAUGCAUUAUAUUGCGUCC